AUGCGAGACUUUCUACUCCAAAAAUGGCGUUUCCUACGCUGUAGGCGAGACCCGUGCGGAUUUAUCUGCCUGAUUUUAACGUAUUUAAGCGUAUUUUAUGCAGACUAUGUGGUGAUUCAAUACGUCCUUAUCCCUGUCUAUUCGGAAAGCGUUUGGUGUACGCUACACGGCUCAGUGUUCAACACCAUCCUGUUGCUUCUUCUGGCGUGUCAUUCUAAGGCUGUGUUUUCUGAUCCAGGAGUGGUGCCUCUUCCAGAGACAGCCAUUGACUUCUCAGACUUGAGGUCCCAGUCGUCACUCAUGAACGAGAGGGGCUGUGAGGGCUGGACUGUGUGUAGUCGCUGUGAGGCCUACAGACCACCCAGAGCUCAUCACUGCAGGGUCUGUCAGAGGUGCAUACGACGCAUGGACCACCACUGUCCUGGUGAGACUCCUGCUCUCCUGAUCAACAACUGUGUAGGAGAGUUGAACCAGAAGUACUUCAUCCAGUUUCUCUUCUACACUGGUGAGGAUGCCAGCCUCUACUCCAUGGUGCUGGUGGUGUCUGCCUGGGUGUGGAGGAUCAAGAGCGAGCUGGAGGGGGGGGGGAGGGGCCGAGGGGAGAGGAGACCCCAGUAAACACCUCAUAGUGUGAAGCCCCACUAUAUCAUCUUGCUGGUGGAGUCUAUAUUGUUUGGAGUGUUCGUCAUGGUGAUCUUCUACGACCAGCUGGUGUCCAUCAUCACUGAUGAGACCCCCAUAGAGCAGCUGAAGAACAGACUGAUGAAGGAUCGGGCGGCUAGUCCCCAGGCCCGCACACACACCCCGCACACACACACCCCGCACACACGCAAGCCCAAACUCGCUCUGCUCCGAGAGUUCUUCGGAAGAGGGUCAGUGUUCUGUUGGCUGUUGCCUCUUCAUUCCAGCCCCCCCACAGCUGGCGGGAUCAGCUACUCUGCCGUUCCAGACUACGACGUCUAACACCCCCCCCACCCACCCACCUGGGCAACUCCCCUAAGACGCCCCUCCCACGCCAGUGAGACGAGGACAUCAUGGUCUACAGGCAAGGAGCCAGGGCUCUUCAGGGCUCCUCAGGGUUCCUCAGGGUUCCUCAGGGUUCCUCAGGGCUCCUCAGGGUUCCUCAGGGUUCCUCAGGGCUCUUCAGGGCUCUUCAGGGCUCCUCAGGGUUCCUCAGGGUUCCUCAGGGCUCCUCAGGGCUCUUCAGGGUUCCUCAGGGCUCCUCAGGGCUCGACGGUUGAGAAGCUGCGCAGAGUGAGGCGUCGGGGUGUUUCUGUGGAGAAACAAAACGGUGUUUCUGAUGACAUCAUACGUUACUGACAACUGUGUUACACACGUGCAUAUGAAGGGACACACGACACACACACACACUAAUGAAGAUGGACACACACUUUUCCUCUUACACACACUAACCUCACACACACACACGUUAAAACAGAGUGAUGGUGUAUGCCCCAACUCUGUCUCUUUCUCUCUCGCUAUUUUGUCGUUUUAGACUGUCAUCCAUAUUCACACCAUCAGAGUGGUCUUUCCAUCACUUGUUACAGUAACUGACUUUGUCUUACUGGGAGGCCAGGUGACAUUCACCCCAAAACACCUUUGAGAUUCAGUGUUAGAAUACCAGUUUGAAUGAGAACGAUGAUUCGUAAAACUUACCUCAGAUUCUUCCCAAUCGUCGGUGUUUUAGUACAGCAUUUUGAAGGCAGGCUCUCUGGAUUCAGAAAACAGUUACCUAUAAAGGAUAUGGAAUCUAGAACAGGGAUCUUUGAAUUGUCUAAACCUUUUUUUUUUCUUUCAUCCACCCCCUUCAGUGUGCAAAUCCCAAAUGUUUUAAUACCUGUUCUAGUCUCUUUCUGGACUCUAGACCGAAUUUUAUUUGUAUUUUCCAGUGAGUCAAUAUUUUCUCUUUAUUUGUUUCACAAACAUAGUUUAUUUAUUUUACAAGGUUACAACGUAUAUAUGUAUCUCCUUGAUAAACCUGCUGUAGUGUUUUCUAAUUCACCGACGUCAUGAAGCGGGAAGCGACACUUACGGCACGAGAAGUUAGUACGGCGUUUCUUGAAAUAUCAAUUAGGUUCUUUAAAACUAAACUAUUGAUUUCAAUGUAAAUAAGGGAAGUGUUUUAAAGCUAGGUUGAUAAUAUCAUACUGAUCCUAGCUGUUAAACCGGGAAAGUGUCUUCGGUCUUUGACAGACCGCGAUCCACAUCAGGUUACUGCUCUUGUAAAAAAAAAAAAGUAGAAAAAAAGUCUGUCUUUCUAUGGACAUUUUUCUGUUUUUUGUUUAGUUUUUCUGUGAUAACGACGUUACGUUUUUUUGCUGUUUUGACAACAGCGCGAAGGAAUGUGUGUAUAGGAGUGAUCAUGUUUACAUUUUAUCGAUGAUGUACUUGUUGAAAUUUGUAUGCUAUUUAUUUGUGUAUAUAUUUGGACUGUGAUACUGUGCUGCUCAAAUGUGGAAUAAAAAAAUGAAAUUGUAAUUUUCUCAC